CAACAGGAAGUAAAUACCCUCUGAUGUCAAAGGGAGAUGCUAAAACGGCAGCUGGUCGGUCAGGGAAGCAAAACCCGCUAUGUGCUGGAUUAACUUCACAGCAGUGUUGUAAACAUUAACUCCGUUGUCUGUUGUAUGGACGAACGUGUGCCGUCCUGGCAUCAGCUGUGCUUUGUUGUCAGAACAAUGGUGAGUCCGGCUUGAAUGCUAGGUAGUGCAGCUAACGCCGGGAGCUAGCGUCUAAAAUGCUAAAGUUAGCUAGCUUUGGUAAGCUAGCGUAGUACACUGAAUUUAUCCGUGAAGGACUGCGGUCGUGGGCGAGGACAGGAAAUCCCUGACAUGAUUCAACCUACUACGAAGUAUCGACCAUCUUAACCGGCUUUUACAGCAGUUCUGUGUUGCAAUGAGGAGUAGCAGAGUUCAGCUCUGAAGGCUCAGAGGGAUGAACUCCAUUUCCCCCAGCGCAGCGCAGUACGUCGGGGGAGUGAUGCAGGAUGAGCUGGUGGAGAGCCGGAGGCAGCAGCCCCCCGAGCGGCAGGGCAGCUUCGGUCUCCGGCUGCCGCAGACACCGGAUCCCAGCAGAGAGACAACGGGAGAGCCUGAUGAAAUGGACAAACUGAAGGCCAAACUGAUGUCAGCAUGGAAUAAUGUCAAAUAUGGUUGGACUGUUAAAUCUAAAACGUCCUUCAACAAGAUCUCACCAGUCACUGUCCUAGGACAUUCCUAUCUGCUCAACAGUGAAGACGAGGUGGACCGGUUCUGUCUGGCUUUCGUGUCCAGGAUUUGGCUGACCUACAGGAGGGAGUUCCCUCAGCUGGAGGGUUCCACCUGGACCACAGACUGCGGCUGGGGCUGCAUGCUGCGCAGUGGGCAGAUGCUGCUGGCACAGGGGCUCCUGGUCCAUUUGAUGCCCAGAGAUUGGGCUUGGCCAGAUGCUCAGCAGCUCACCGAUGUGGACUUUGAGGUGUUUCGACCGCGCUCCCCAGCUCGGGCUGGAGGGGUCCCCAUCCCAUCCUUUGGCUCUCCACGAGGAUCCAGCGCCACUGAAAAACCUCUGCCAAAUGAUCAACCACCGAGAUGCAGCCAGAGAAAGAGACCGGAGUCUGCGAGGGAGGCCGAGCCCAUCCAUCACAGGCUGGUCACCUGGUUCGGGGAUCAGCCCUCUGCACCGUUUGGGAUUCACCAGCUGGUGGAAAUCGGCAAAAGCUCAGGGAAGAAGGCUGGUGACUGGUAUGGUCCCUCUAUAGUGGCACACAUCCUACGGAAAGCGGUGGCCAGAGCAACUGCAGUCCACAACCUGGUUGUAUAUGUGGCUCAGGAUUGUACAGUGUACAAAGAGGAUGUGGUGCAUCUCUGUGACCUGUCACGCAGCCAGACGCCCCCCGAUCCGUCCAGCCAAGCCUGGAAGUCUGUCAUCAUACUGGUGCCUGUACGGCUGGGAGGGGAGGCCCUCAACCCGUCCUACAUCGAAUGUGUCAAGAACAUCCUUAAGCUGGAUUGUUGUAUUGGAAUCAUCGGAGGCAAACCGAAGCAUUCUCUUUACUUCGUUGGCUUUCAAGAUGAGCAGCUGCUGUAUCUCGACCCUCACUACUGCCAGCCUGUGGUGGAUGUGUCACAAGUCAACUUCCCACUGGAGUCAUUCCACUGUAGCUCUCCCAAAAAGAUGCCCUUCAACCGCAUGGAUCCCAGCUGUACCAUCGGCUUUUACGCCAAGAACAAGAAGGAGUUUGAGUCUCUCUGUUCUGCUGUUACUGAGGCCCUGUCAUCGUCAAAGGAGAAGUACCCCAUCUUUACCUUCGUUGAGGGCCAGGGUCAGGAUUAUGGACUUGAGGGUCACAGCAGCAAUAGAAGUGGACCUGCUGCCCACAUCCUGCCCCCUGGAAAUCAGUUCAGGAGUAACAAUAGAAGAAACAGUGAUGAGUUUGUCUUCUUGUAGGCAGGAUGCUCUGUCAGCUCUCACCAGUAGGUGGCGGAAGAGGACACCUCAUUUCCUCUCAAAGGGAACAUCUCGAUUCUGUUGGUGGUGGACGUGACGCUUUUUGUGUUUUAUCGCCUUCACUGGUCAACGGAAGUAAAAACUGUGCGGCUUCUGUCAUCACCUUUUUGUGUGGAUGGGUAUUAUAAGCUAACAGGCAUUAAUGGGUGCUGGCUGGAGCAUUAUUUUACCAGGCAGCGGCAGGUUUUUCAAAACGUAUCAUGGUUAGAAAUGUGUCAAGUACUUGAAGUUUUCUUGAUUCACUUUAUCACACACCUCAACAGCCUCAGAUUUGAUCAUUUGAGUAAAAUUAAGUGUACAAUAACAAUGAACAACUGUGUUUCUGUCCUGGUGUGAACUGGACACGCUGAAGUUGAUCACUGGUCUACAUGAUACAGGCUCACUGGUCAGGUGGGGUGAGGGGGGGGUGUGUUGCUUGAUAAUGUUCCUGAUUUGUAUCACAUACCUUCUGCUGUACACCUCAUUUUUCAUCCCUCACAUUUAUUUAUGAAUGUGUGUUUGCGUGUGAGUGAGUGUGUGGUUAGUGUAGUGUAUUUGUUUUGUCUUUAAUAAGUGUGAUAAUGUAUUUAGGAAGCUGUCAACAUUCUUCCAGGAACAUCUUGAACAGAUGGGAAUACACUCUGCUGUUGCUGUCUGACCUGAAUAUCACACAGAUGACCAGGAUGUUGAUCUCCAACAGGCUUUUGCACUCUGUUAUUGAUCUUUAAGAAUAUAAAACACUCUCCAAUGUUACAAUGCUCCGAAAGAGAAACUCACACUCCCAGGUUGUCGGUGAAAACAAAUGACCCCCAUCAGUUGGAGUUGGAUGUGUAUCCUUACCUGGUAAACUGGCUUGUCCCAUGAAGAAGUUAUCAGAAUACAUUUGCAAAGUAAAACCCACAGUCCUUAAGACCAGCCCAAGCUGAAUGGAGUUUCUGCUUCUGUUUUGUUCGUCCCUUUUUUACAUGAAGGCUACUACUGCAAGUUGCACUACUACUGUUAUUAGAUUUGUUGUCCUGAUUAAACUUCAAACACUGGAAUCACA